AAGGACUGGGAUCGCUGGGUUUCUCUAGGACUACUAGCAUAUAGGUCCUCUAAGCAUAAGAUCACUAGUUUCUCUCCUGCGGAGUUAUUUCUAGGACGGGAAUUAAGACUACUGUUGGAUCUUCUCCGUGGUCAACCCCCGAGGUCUCAGGAUGCUCCGUCGGGCAUAAAUUAUUUAGAUGGUUUAAAGGAGAAGAUGAAUUUAUCUCAUGAUUUAGCGAGACAACGUAUGGAGAUAAAAUCCGAAAGAACUAAGGCGUUUUAUGACCUUAGGGAUAGGCAGUUGUGUUUCGAGCCGGGACAGAAAGUCUGGUUGUAUAAUCCUCGUAGAAAAUUAGAUAGGGCUCCUAAGCUUCAAAGCAAUUGGGAAGGACCAUAUGAGCAAAUAAAACUAAUAUUGCAGGAUAACAAAUACGAUGUAGGUGGUGGUCACAAAUUUGAUAGUCUCAGUGAUUUAAUAGAGCACUAUAAACGAAAUCCAAUGGUUGAAACAAGUGGGAGCGUUGUUCAUCUUCGACAACCAUUUAAUGCAACGCGUAUUAAUGCUAGUAGUAUCGAAAGUAGAGUUAGACAAUUACACAAAGAAAAUGGUUGCUCCAAUGGUUGGCUGUGUUGGAAUGGAACUAGUGGAAUCAGUGAGGAUGGAGCAGGUCGUAGCAAAGGAAAAGCUGGUUUUUGGGAAGAAUUUGAAUCAUUGCAGCAACAAGAAUGCCGACAUAUGUUUUCAAGAAAAGAAGGUUUACGUCCAGAAAAUCGUGUCAAGAACCGUUACAAAAACAUUUUACCAUUUGAUCAUACUAGAGUGCAAUUAAAAAACGUGGAUUCUGAUAUUUCCGGAGCUGAUUACAUUAAUGCUAAUUACAUAAGGAACAAAGAAGGUGAUGAAACAAACACUACCGUUGACAAUGGUGACGAUCCAUCAUUUGGCAAAUGUUACAUAGCUACGCAAGGUUGCCUUCCAAAUACUAUACAAGAUUUUUGGCACAUGGUGUACCAGGAGAAUACUCGUGUGAUUGUUAUGACUACCAAGGAAAUAGAAAGAGGAAAGAAUAAAUGUGCGCGGUAUUGGCCGGAAGAAGGAGAAACUUCCGAAUAUGGUAACGAAUGGAAAGUACGUGCUGUAUCUCGAACUUCAACCGCUGAUUAUACACUGCGCGAAUUUCUUUUACAAGGAACCAAACCGGAGUUUUCCGAGUCCAGAAGAAUUUAUCAUUACCACUUUCAAGCAUGGCCUGAUCACGGUGUUCCAUCAGAUCCUGGUUGCGUGCUGAACUUUUUACACGAUGUAAAUGCCAGGCAAGAAUUGAUUGCGGCAUCUUUGGCUCCAAAGGAUCAGGAUGAACCGUGCAUAGGACCAAUUCUCGUCCACUGUAGUGCUGGAAUUGGUAGAACUGGUACAUUUAUCGUUAUCGACAUGAUUUUAGAUCAAAUUAAACGUCAUG